AUGAUUACGGUCGGUUGCCAUGCAGUAAUACAAAAGGUAGGAGGAGAGCACAUCCGCAUAUGCAAGCUUAACAAAAAGCAAAACAUCCUGAUUGAAAAGCUCCGGUUUCAAAUCGAUGGUGCAUUCGAUCAACCGUUCGGUCUUUUUGAGGUUUCUGCGGGUAAGUUAACUCGUGCCUCUCCAGAAGCGUUGGUUUUGAACUCGGACGUCGCUGAUAUAGAAUUGCAAGAUACUGCGUCUUACAUUGGUCAUUCAUCUGACACCCAUUCCAAUGGAGCAGAACUUUUAGAAGAGGGUGAUGAGCCAAUAAAUGCUGCUCAAACCAGACAAAAAGUUACAAGGGAAGAAAUUUCGAGGAUGAAGGAUACUGGCGUAACUGCUGGCGAACUGGUUGCGAAGUUGAUAGAUGGUAGUGUCUCAUUUGCUGACAGAACGAUUUAUUCCCAAAAUAAGUAUAUUCGUAGAAAAACAAAUAAACACUCUAAUCGCGUUCUUAUUCUCAAGCCAACUGUACGUUUAAUUGCGGAAUCAUAUUACAAGAAGGAUGCUGAACGAAUAGCUAAUUUGAGAAUCGAUUUAUUGUCGUAUAUGCUAACGAUGAGCGGAAUAGUCAGUGGAUCAAAAUGUCUUGUUUUUGAGCAAUGCUUAGGUUUGCUUACUGCGGCAGUCUUAGAUCGAUUAGGUGGCAAGGGAGCAUGUAUUCAUUUACAUCGUGGUGAAAUCGCCCAGUCUGUACCUUGCGUUCAAAGUAUGGAUUUUACUAAAGAGGUUUACCUGGCAUUUUACCCGCUUCGUAUCUCAACUUUGUUAAAGGGACAUGUUUGUGAAACUAGUGAGAACCAGUCUAAAGAGGAGGAGGUACUGGACAAAUUUAACCAAGAACUUGUUCGAACACGGCGUUUAGAGAGGUUGAAUCGGGAGAAGGAAGCGUAUCAGAUUUUCAAAAAUAAUGAAGUGCAGUCUAUACUAGUUGUUGUACAUAGUGUUGAUCCAAUUGACGUUCUUGAGCGGACUUGGGACUCACUUUGUUUGUCAGGACGGAUUGUGGUUUAUUCUACUAUUCAGGAGCCUUUGUUCGAUGUGUACAGGUGGGUGAAGUCUAAAGGUGCAGUCCAUGUACAACUCUGCGACGCAUUUUUCCGUUCUUAUCAAGUUCUUCCUGACCGCACACGUCCAACAAUGUCGCAGAUCGUCGCCGGAGGUUACGUUCUCUCGGGAAUCAAAGUAUCAUUGACUUGA